UAAUGCUAGAUUUCAUCUUCUUGACCAGCAUGAAACACUUCAAAAACCACCGCAGUUUUUUCUCUCUCUGGGAGGUGCCGUGAAGCGGCAUUCUCCACCUUCACGUCGUGCGCGUGACAAAGCACGCCAUGAUAUGAGAAUCUACGACCUUGUUCCCAAGCUUCUAUUAGCGACCGCUGUAGAAGGCAUACAUUUUACCCUGUAUAGAAGAUUCAUUCAGUCAGUUUGACACUUCAGGGAAGAUAAGAGGAUGGUGUUAAAUACGUGUACUUUGCACUUUUGUGCCUGGAGUCUACGACCUAUCGCAACUGAUGGACUUUGGAAGACGAUUGGUCAAAGCGCUCGAGGUUCCCCAUACUCGAGAAGAGCGUGCUCCUUCCGACCUGCAAUCUGUUUCGAGCGACGAUCUACUGCCAGUUCCAAUAGAGGAAAGAACAUGGACUGCAUUCAGUUAUGUCGCUUUUUGGAUGAUAACUUCUAGCAUGAUCGUCAUGGGCAUGUCGUGGUGGCAAGCCUGGCUGACUAUCUGGAUUGGUUAUGGUGUGAUGACGCCGUUUAUUGUCCUGUUGGGCCGACCGGGUGCUGUAUUUCAUGUUACCUUCCCUGUCGUCAACCGUGCCGGCUUCGGAAUAUUUGGAGGUUUGUGUAUAUUCAAUAGAGCGACGAUGGCAUGUUUAAUGAUGACAAAUUCCAUGCCCUUGUCCUCUGGCACUAAUACCAGGGAUUUCAUGUGCUUCCUCAUUUUUUGGGUUAUAUCUUUGCCCUUCAUAUGGCCUCCCGUGCACACAAUUCGUCACUUCUUCACGUUCAAGACGAUCGUCGCGCCCAUUGCCUGUCUCAUCUUUAUGAUUUGGUGCAUCGUCAAGGCAAAAGGUGUUGGACCGAUUGUCAAACAGCCGGCAACUAUCCAUGGCUCCGAACUGGCAUGGGCCAUGAUCAGUAGUGUUGGUAUAUAUAUCAGUCACCUCAUAACAUUGACGACAAACGCGCCAGAUUUUGGGUCACGGACGAAGACUCCAUCUGCACCAGUCAUUUCCCAGCUCUGGUCCAUCCCCUUCUCUUAUGGUUUAGUCUGUCUCUUUGGUGUGAUCGUCAGCUCAUCGUCACAAACAAUCUAUGGGCAAGUAAUUUGGUCACCCGUGGAUUUGCUAGGAGUGUUCUUGGACGAUGACCCAUCCCCUGCCACUCGAUUUGGUGUCUGGUUCAUCGCCUUCUCUUUCAUCAUAGCUCAGAUAGGAACGAACAUCUGCGCUAACUCGGUCAGUGCGGGUUGUGAUCUGACGGCGCUAUUUCCACGUUUCGUCAACAUCAGACGCGGCGGGUAUAUAUCAGCCAUUGUCGGACUUUUCAUGUGUCCCUGGAACCUAGUAUCAAGCAGCAGCCGUUUUUCCUCCUAUGUGUCUGCGUACUCAGUCUUCCUUAGCGCGAUCGCGGGAGUUAUGGCCACUGAAUACUGGUCUGUGCGCAAGGGCCAUCAUAACGUCGCUGACUCGAACGUCACCCGCAAAGGAAGUUGGUAUUGGUACAAUUAUGGUUUCAACCCCAGAGCGUACGCAGCAUACGUGGCAGGCAUUGCUAUCAAUGUGGUGGGGUUCGCUGGGGAUACUGGAACACCCGUACCAGCUGCUGCGACUCACAUAUUCGACUUGUAUAUAUUAUAA